AUGCCACAAAUACUCAGUACCAAAGAGGCCAACCUCUUCCGCCAGGUCAUUCGUGACUAUGAGGAGAAGCGAUACAGAGCGGGCCUCAAGGCGGCCGAGCAGAUCUUGAAAAGGAACCCCAAGCAUGGCGACACCAUGUCGAUGAAGGCCCUGAUCAUGAACGCACAGGGUAAAACAGAGGAGGCCUUCAACCUGGCCAAGGAAGCUCUCAAGGUUGACUUCAAGUCACACAUCUGCUGGCAUGUGUACGGCAUCCUGUACCGUACCAACAAGAACUUUGAGGAGGCUAUCAAGGCCUACAAGUUUGCCCUCAAGCUCGAGCCUGAGUCGCAACAGAUUCAGCGCGACUUGGCCAUCCUCCAGGUGCAAACCCGCGACUACGAAGGUUACGUUCAAAGCAGGUUCGCGAUGCUCAAGGCGCGCCCGCAACUGCGUCAGAACUGGACCGCGUUGGCUAUUGCUCACCAUCUCGAGGGCAAUCUUCAGGAAGCUGAGAGGAUCUUGACCACUUACGAAAAGUCCGUGUCGGUGGCCCCUUCAAAGACUGACUUUGAGAACUCGGAAGCGCUCCUUUACAAAAACUCCAUCAUUUCUGAGCAAGGAGAGACAGAGCGGGCCCUGGAACACUUGGAGCAAGAGUGCAAAAAGUGCUUGGAUCGGUUGGCCGUUAUGGAGCUACGGGCCCGUUAUCUUGCCGAGCUGGGACGGAAGGAGGAGGCGGAAACGGCAUAUCGGGCGUUGAUUGAUCGAAACCCAGACCACACCGACUACUACAAGCGCUUGGUGGACGUGUUGGGCCUGACUGCCGAGGAUGAGGCUGCGCAAAAGGCCAUCUUUGAUGAAUAUUCUGCCAAGUAUCCCCGCUCUGAUGCUGCUCGUCGUUUGCCCUUGGACUUUUUGACAGCCAAAGCAUACCUGGGCCUGAUGUUCAACAAGGGCGUCCCAUCAACAUUUGCCAACCUUAAGCACUUGUACUCUGACUCCUUCAAAAAGGAUACUCUUCCUUCGCUGGCCGAAGAGUACCUCCAAGAAGCCGAGGGUUCCAACGCAGAAGCCAGCAGCGACAGCUCCAAGGGAGUAGGGGCUGCUCUUUUCUUCCUCGCCCAGCACUACAACUAUCACAUGAGCCGCGACCUUACCAAAGCGCUCGAGUAUGUCGAGAAGGCCAUCCAGUUGGACCCAAAGAGUGUCGAUUUUCAAAUGACAAAGGCGAGAAUUUUCAAACACCAAGGCGAUAUCGCGAAGGCCGCCGAGGCCAUGGACCAAGCUCGCCUACUUGAUACAAAGGACCGCUACAUCAACACCAAGGCCGCCAAAUACCAGCUGAGGAACAAUGAGAACGAGAAGGCCCUCAACACACUCGGCCUUUUUACGAGGGCCGAGACUGUCGGCGGCCCCUUGGCUGACUUGAUCGAUAUGCAAGCGAUGUGGUUUUUGACUGAGGAUGGCGAGGCGUGGCAGCGUCGCGGAAACGUGGCUCUAGCUUUGAAGCGCUACCACACCGUAUUCAACAUUUUCGACAUUUGGCAGGAGGACCAGUUCGAUUUCCACAGUUUCUCUCUUCGCAAGGGUCAAAUCCGCGCAUACGUGGACAUGAUUCGCUGGGAAGACAAGCUCAGGGAGCAUCCAUUCUACUUCCGGGCUGCUCUGGAUGCCGUGAAGCUUUACCUGUCCAUGUACGACAAGCCAGAAGGCGUGAACGGCGCCAAUGGCAACAACGCCAACGGGGAAGACGCUGCCGAGAAGAAGAAGGCGGCCAAGAAGGCCAAGAAAGAGGCACAGAAGGCGGAGAAGGAAGCGGCAGAACGUGCCGCAAAGCAAAACCCCAACAAGGCACAGAAGGAUAAGGAGGAGGAAGUCAAGAAGAAGGAUGAUGACCCGAACGGGGUGAAGCUCGCCGAGACGAAGGAUCCCCUGGGAGAUGCGAUGAAGUUCUUGGAGCCACUUCUCCAGUUUAGCCCCAAGAACAUUGAGGGCCAGAUCGCGGGCUUUGAGGUCUACAUCCGCAGGAAAAAGUACGUGUUGGCCGCAAAGUGCCUCAAGGCAGCCCAGGCUCUAGAUGAGAACCAUGUCAAGGUUCAGGAGCUCGCGGCCACAAUGCAAAAGACGAUGGACGGUGUCCUGGAGUCUCUGGCCCCCAAGGUUCAAGAAGCGCUGAAGACAGAGCUCGCCUAA